GAAGUAUGCUUUGUCCAUUUUCGGUGAAUGAGGUAAUUCUCACAGGCGGGACGUUUGGUAAAGAAGCUACAACUGCCAAGGCGUCAUAAUCCCUACUUAGAUUAUAUAGGUUAUGGUCAUCAAGAAGAAAAUAUCAUUGAAGAUUAUUGUAAUCGGAGAUAGUGGUGUUGGGAAAACGUCUUUGAUAACCCAAUACAUCGAUAAGAAGUUCAGUAAUCAGUACAAAGCUACAAUUGGUGCAGACUUUUUUACAAAACAAGAGGUUUUUGAUGACCGUCUUGUAACAAUGCAGAUUUGGGAUACUGCUGGCCAGGAAAGGUUCCAGUCUCUCGGAGUUGCGUUUUAUCGUGGUGCUGAUUGUUGCGUCCUCGUCUAUGAUGUUACUAUGACAAGUACCUUUAAAACAUUAGAUUCGUGGAGAGAUGAAUUUUUGGUGCAAUCAAGCCCUCGUAAUCCCGAAAAGUUUCCAUUUAUUGUUAUUGGGAAUAAAUGUGAUUUAGAUAAUAGAGCUGUAUCUGAAAAUCGUGCAAAGCAAUGGUGUCAGGCAAAUGGUAACCUUCCAUAUUUUGAAUGUAGUGCUAAAGAAAAUACAAAUGUUGAGAAAGCUUUUGCUCAUAUUAUAAGAGUCGCCAUAGACGAAGAGUCUGCGACAAAUCUACACUCUGACUAUCCUGAUAGUAUUCGUUUAGGAACUGAAGAACAAGAAAAUCAAGACAGAUGCAGAUGUUAAGGUCAUUCUUUUAUUGUUUCUUUUUCUCAUAAACAUCAUCAACAUUAUGGUUCCUCAUCAGUUGCAAAAAUCUAAUACUACUACUACUACUCUGUGCGAUAAUUACAUUGUUUCUUCUAAUUCACAUUUUAUAGCUUAAUAAAUGGAACUUAUUGAUAAUUGGUUAUUCAUUAUCCAAACAUUCAUUCUUAUACAUAAUUUUAUUGUUGAAAUAUAUAUAACGAAUAGUCAAUUCUAAUGAUUAGUUUUUAACUAUGCAUAUUGUUGUAAUUUUCCUCAUUUAUAUGUUUUGAUUGUUCAGCAUAUUAUAUGUUGAAAAGAUUUGUGACAAUUGUUUUGUUUUUCAAACUCAUUUUACCUUUCUAUUUAAUAUAAAAUAGUUUCUAUAGAAUCCUAAUUCUAUGAUGUUUGUUUUUUUUGUUUGGUUUUGUUUUCAUUGUUUAACAAUUCUAUCAUGAUUUAUACGAAACAAAGAUAAGUAUUUAUUCUUGAAUGAAUCUAUAUACCAAAUAAAUUAAACUUACUGAUUUGGCUUGUUAUUGAUCAUCUUUAUUGGUUGAAAAAAUUCGUUAUAAAUACUACUGUCAUUUUUUAAUGUUAUUACGUUGUUUUUGUUUUGUUGAUUUCAUAUAAUUAAUGUGUAUAUAAAGAUCUAAUUAUAUAACCUACUUCAUGUAAUUAUUACAUGAUUUAUAAAUCAC